AUGUUCUACAAUCUUGCUGAAUAUGAGACUCACAACUCUGAUGGUACGCCAAAUGACAGUGCCACCUCGACAGUCUGCACCAAGGCUGGGUAUCAAACGAAAUACAACUCGGACCUUGGUCACUACGAGUGCUACUACUAUAGCGAGACACUGUUCAAAAACAUUGGACAGAGCAAUUGCGGGAUGAGAGAACGUUGUAUCAAAGCUGGAGCCACUGGAAAGGACUCAAGCUGUAGGGGAAAGGUGUAG